AUGUCAUCCCGUAAGAAGAAACGUCUCAAAGCUCUUGCUGCCUCGUCCAAAUCCAGAAAGUUUGGAAAGGCUCAGAUCUCGUUUCAGAAUGCUUCGAGAAACCUUCCCCGUCUCUCCGGCGACCUCGUUGCCGACGAAGUAGUGGCAGAUGUGGAGUUGGUUGUUUCAGGUGUUGAGGAUUCGUUAAGCGGUUCUCCGCCUCAGUCUCAAGUCUCCCCUCCUCUCGUCGGUGACUCCAUUGCUGAUGUUGAAGUAGCUUCAAAAGAGGUUAAAGGUGACGGCUUUCGAAGGGACUCAGGCGAUGCGUCUGCUGGAUCCCAAAGUUCUCCAUUUCCCGUUGCAACAGCGACGAAGGAGUCGGUUUCUCUGUCUACAGUGGUCCCUGCAGAGGAUAACAGUGGCAGCUUGGUUAUUGGUCUAGUUCCUGUUCGGAAUGAUACUCUUCCUGCUCCCGUCGACAAGGAGGCUGUACAGAGAGUACCCGAGCAGCCGAGGAGCUACGCCUCCCUGUUAAAAACAUCUUCACAACUGAAGGAAGUGGGCACGCCCUCUGAGCAUGUCUCCGGUGCCCCCUUUGUGAUGAUACCAGAUGAAGAUAUAGCUGCUGCUAAAGAGGAAUUCAAGGAUUUUAUUUUCGCGCAGUUUCAGGGUGAUUCUCCUCAGAUGGGAAGAAUCAUUGGUAUUGUAAACGCGUUUUGGGCGCGGACUGGUCCAAGGAUCUAUGUUCAUAAGCUUAACAAUGGAGCUUUCUUGUUAAAGGUCUCCAAUACUAAAGCGAGAGAGGCGAUUUUGUCUAAGAGUUGCUGGAACAUAGCUGGUUACCCAAUGUUCGUGUCUCUAUGGUCUCCGGACUUCACGCCUCAAGAGACGCCUAUCACUUCUGUAGUAGUCCAAGUAGAGAUGCGCGGGGUGCCUUACCUCAUGUUUAACAGAGAAAGCUUGAGUCGCUUGGCCACUGCAGUCGGUAAACCAGUGUCUUUGGCUCCAGAGACAAUGCGGAAAGAAAACUUCCAGGUGGCUAAGUUGAUGGUACAGGUUGAUCUCACAAAGAAGCUGCCUGAUAAGAUCAUCUCCGGAUUCUCGAAUGGACGGGAAAUGGAAAUAGCUGUUGCUUAUCCUUGGUUGCCGGUGAAGUGCGCAUCUUGUGGGAAAUAUGGUCAUAAUGCUGAGAAGUGUCGAAUGGUUCCCCAUAUGGAAGAGCAAGAGCGGAGUUUACCUGUGAAAACAAGGAAGAGACAGUCUCGCCGAAGAUCGAAAUCCAGGACCGGUGGAUCUUUGGAGGAUAAUACCUCCAACCCGCUGGAGGAGUUAUGCACUAAGGAGGAUAAAAAAGAAACAGAAUCAAGUCAGAGCACGUCUCUUGCUAACAUCCCUCUGGAAUUAUCAAGUAGCAAUCAGGAAGAAGUGGGUGUGGAUAAGAGAAGCAACUCGAGGUCUAGGUCUGUACGAAGGUCUCGGUCAAGAGCUAGGGCAAGAGCCUUGACCUCCCCUCUAGAAGGAAGAGUUUCAUCCUUUGAGGUUUCAGAGUUUGCACAGAGAGAAGAAGGUGAAAUUGAUGAAGACGGUUCUGUUUGGUUCACAAAGCAUUCGAAGGCGGCUAGAAGAGCCAUGCGCCAAGAGGCACUGAGAAAGGCUUCUGCGCCGGAUUACUUAGCUCCAGACAGAUAUAAAUUUCUUAUUCGAGGUAGCUCCUCGGAUAAGCGGCUCUUUAGUUGGAAUAUCAGAGGUCUUAAUGGUGCGGGUCGUAUCACAGUAGUCAGAAAUUGGUUAAAUAGUAUUGGUACAUCGGUGGGGGCUCUGCUGGAAACUCACGUACAGGAGGAUAAUUUCCUUAGAGUGGUAGCAGCAGUAGCACCAGGGUGGGGGUAUGAUAAUAACUACUCUCAUGCGGCAGGGGGUAGAGUUUGGUUACUUUGGAAGCCUGAAGUCUCGAUACUGACAGCAGCCGAGCAUUUCUCCAUUAUUCCCUAUGAGCUACCAGUCAGAGGCAUGGCUGAAUUUCAGGAGUGUUUGACGUCUAGUGGCCUAUCAGAUAUGGAGUUUCGUGGUACUUUUUUCUCUUGGACAAACGGUCGUCCAGAAGACCCCAUCCUUCGAAAGUUGGAUCGAGUGAUUUGCAACGAUAAGUGGAGGGAAGUGUUUCCGGAGGCGGUUUCUGUAUUUGAACCUCCUGGGGAUUCUGAUCAUUCUCCAGCAGUGAUCACUUUUACAGCUCUCCCUGAGCAGCGCAAAGUGAGCUUUAAGUAUUUUUCUUUCCUUGCGUCGCAUCCUAAAUUCACUGAGGAAUUGUUGAAGGCGUGGGAGGAAGAGAUCCCUGUAGGAUCCAGUUUAUUCUCCUUGGGACAGCGACUCAAGAAAGCAAAAGCAACUUGCAGGAGAUUAAACAGAGAAGGCUUUGGUAACAUUCAGCAAAAAGCCCGGGAUUCCUUGCAAGCUUUAAAGGAUAUUCAAGAGCAGAUGCUUGUAAGCCCGACUGAUGCUGUAUUCAGACAAGAGUUUGUUGCAAGGAAGAACUGGCAGUUUUUCGAAGCAGCGUUGGCAAUUUUCUUCAAUAGGAAAGCAAGGAUUCGAUGUUGCGCAAUUCCAUCAGAUUCCUGA